AUGGAAAGUAAAGGUCCAGUCCUCCCGAAUCAGGAGGGAACUCAUAAAAUCAGCUACAAGAGGAAAUCUUUGAAAAUCCUGCCAACAAAUGUGCGAUCUGGAAACACCAUGAAACAACAAACUGUUAUGGUCAGCACUUCGGUUAAUAUGCCAAAAGUAAACUCAGAGGUAGAAGAUAUAGGAAGCCGCAGAAAAUUAACGAAGGUUUUUGGCCCAAAACCAGAAAUUUCCGAUCGCGAAAGUGAAACUGCAUUUAUCCAGGAGGAAACAAAUGGGGUUCAGCAUCAAGCACCACUCACUGCUACACCAGAAUUCCUUGCCAUAGCACCAUCACUGAACAGUGAAGAGGAAUCACCCAGUAUUUCGGUCACUCAAGCAUUCCGGGCAUUUUCCUCAACACGAUACACCGUGCGAUCACGGACUAAUUUUGCUAAGCAGCUGAAAAAACUGAUUAUCUUUACGCCCCCUCCCCUAGCUAUUUCUACUACUGUGACAUCCAGUACUGUGGUACCUUUUGUCGCGCUACCUGAAACUACAGCAGCAACUUUGGCACCUGUGUUAUCUUCUCCGACAAAGUCUGAACUAUCCCCAGAGACAGAAUCAUCAGCGGAAGAAACACAUCCCUUCAAUGCAACGCUGGCAAUUCUGGAAUUCGCACUGUUUACGGAUUCUGUUUCCCGGAGGCACAAUUCGGAAAAUGCUUCAUCGAUUUCGGCACCAGCAGAAAUUGAUCUUGGUACCAAAAGUACCACUGUUGCCACUACUAUUGCUACUCUGACAGCCAUAAGUACCAGCGCUACUGCUAUUACUGCUACCAGUUCUGGUACCCCGGACACCACAGAACAAAAUUCAAAGACCAGUGCGGAAGUGAAAAAGACAAUAAUAACUCCGCUAAUCCCUCCAACUCUCAGUUUUUUAGGCAGUAGUUUCGACUGGAUCCCUUUCACAGUGCCCUGGCUUAAUAAUCCCCAACAAUGGCCUGAUGGAUUGUUGCAGAGAGGCUGA